AUGGCCCUGUCUGAAAUUCCCGGUUGGGAAGAUCCCGUGUAUAGUUCACUGGCCCUCGAAUGGAUUAAGUUUGGAGGACCAUCUGAACAAUGGGAGAAGCGGUUGGCAGAGGCCGAACCGCAGAAUGUGCUGGGAAACAUUCAGAAGUUCUCCGAUAAAGCACAGGAUGCAGUGACUGAGAGAGUGAAAUUUGGCCGCCGAUGGACAAAAAUCGCCAAGCUGAUUGGGAGUCGCACUGUUCUGCAAGUCAAGAGCUAUGCCCGGCAGUAUUUUAAGAACAAGGCAAAAAAUGGUGAUUCUGAAAAAGCAGAACAACAUCAUUGUGGGAGCAGUCUUCCCAUUGAAGAUGGGAUAAAGUCAGAGGCGUGGUCGCUGGGAAACUUGAGAGGCCGUGCAGACCCCAACCUGAAUGCAGUGAAAAUUGAAAAGCUGUCUGAUGAUGAAGAAGUAGACAUAACUGAUGACGUGGAUGACCUGCUUUCUCCUAGCUUCCUGCAAGAAUCUGGAAAAUCUGAAUUAUCUGUGGCUUCAGAAAGUUCUGUUGGAGAAACGAAAGGAACGGAACGUGUUAUUUCAUCUGUUGGACACAGUUCUACAGUUUCUUUACCUAAAGAAGAUCCUCAGCAUACCAAGGGAGAUACAGUGGAUACAUUAGUAUUUCCAGGUGUUGCAGCACCAUGUUCUCAGCACCUGAACGGUGACAAAUCCAUGAACUUAGAUUACCAGCAAUACAAUAAUUUAAUUGAGAAAGAUGAAGAAGGCAGAGGAGCAACAUCUCAUGGCACAAGACAAGUACCUGAUCAGGAGGUUAACGAGGAACAGCAAGGGCUGGCUGAUAGUGGAUUGCUUUUUCCUUCUCCCUGCCAAGCAGAUGAAGAGCAUCAAGAAGAAGCAGAGGAGCUCAAGCCACCUGAUCAAGAAGUGGAGGUUGACAGAGGCAUCAUUCUGGAGGAAGAAAAGCAAGCUAUUCCUGAAUUUUUUGAAGGGCGCCAGGCUAAAACACCAGAGCGUUACUUGAAAAUUAGGAAUUAUAUUUUGGAUCAAUGGGAGAAAUGUAAACCCAAGUACCUGAACAAGACUUCAGUGCGCCCAGGCCUGAGGAACUGCGGUGACGUUAACUGCAUUGGACGGAUCCACACCUACCUGGAAUUAAUAGGAGCAAUUAACUUCGGCUGUGAGCAGGCUGUGUACCACCGCCCGCCGGCGGACAGGGCGCGGUGC